AUGAGCACCAGUGGUGGCCGGGCCGUCUCUGUCUCUCGCUUGCUCGCCGUCCUCCUGGUCCUUCUUGGCCUCUUCCUUCUCCGAGACAGCUGGCUCCCUGUGACCUACCGACGACUUCCAUACGGCGGGGACAGGACUACUGAAGAGGCGAACGCAGGUUCAACGCAACCCAUACAGCAAGAUAACACCAGCACACCACCCUCAAAGCCUACGCCUGCAACAUGUCGAGACGUGCCGGGAGCGGAUAACGUUAUGGUCCUGCUCAAGACUGGAGCUACCGAGAUCUAUCAGAAGCUCCCGUCUCACUUCCUCACGACGUUCAAAUGCGUCCCGCAUUUCAUGAUCUUUUCCGACUUGGCGCAAGAUUUCGCCGACUACCCCGUCUACGAUGCGAUUGAAGACGUUUCUCAACAUUACCGGGAAGAACACGCAGACUUCGAGCUGUAUCGGAAGUUGCAGCAAUACCAGAGGGAAGGGCAAGACACAAGCAAGCUGCGGGGGGCGGGGAGCUGGAAUCUAGACAAGUGGAAGUUCUUCCCUAUGCUGCAGAAGGCCUUCACGACGGCGCCCGACAACGUUGAGUGGUUUGUGGUCAUUGAGGCAGACACCAGCAUAUCGUGGACCAACCUGCUGCAGUUUUUGAGGACAAUGGACCCCAAGCAGCCAUUUUAUCUGGGCGCGCAGAACGUUAUCGGAGACCAGGCCUUCGCGCACGGUGGCAGCGGCGUCAUAUUGUCACGGAAAGCAGCUGAUCUGCUUGGAGAGAAGCGAGAGUACGAGGGUAAGGAGACGUGGGAUAGGGACUGGGAAAGGAUCGUCAGUGUCUCGUGCUGCGGAGACGAGGUCAUCUCUCGUGCCUUGGGAGAAGCAGGUGUCCACCUCACGCCCGCAUGGCCGCUUAUUCAAGGCGAGACCGUCUCUACCCUGGACUGGACGGGCGUGCAUUGGUGUUCGGUGGCCAUCUCCUGGCACCAUGUGACGCCGAUCGAACUCGACUCGCUGUGGCAGUUUGAAAGCGAUUGGAUUGAGGAGCAUGGCUGGGAUACGCCUUACCUCUACCGCGACGUUUUCGAGCAUUUCAUCCAGCGGCAUGUAACUGUCAAUCGCGCCAAGUGGAACAACAAAUCCAAGGACAGGAAGUUGGUCUCUGUUGAACUGGCUACCGAAGGUGACGAAGACUUCUCGAAGUUAAAUGACUUUGAGAAGAACGCUACUACGUCAGAAGAUGCAUGUGCAGAAGCUUGUAGGAGAAUGCCAGAGAAGCAAUGUAUCCAGUGGAUGUUCUCCCCGGGUCGGUGCCACUUGGGAAAAGACAUCCGCUUCGGCAAAUCUGAUGAGGCGGGUGACAUGCACUGGACGUCUGGAUGGAUACAACCACGGCUGCAGAGGUUCAAAGAGGGCUUGGCGAACUGUGCUGUUAGGUGGGCUGGAUGA